AUGGCAUGUUCAACCGUCUCCGAGGAUAUCUCGGGCGUACUGAGAGGUCGCUGCAAAGAUUGCGAGUGCAGCGGCUUCACGCGGACUGUGGAGCUCAUCAGUCAUGAAAGGGUGCCUCUUGGGUGGUGCAUUUUGUGUGGGCAUUCCCCUGUGUCACAUGGGGUCCUCACAGCAAAUGGUAGAAGAUGCCACAAUAUCUUGUGCAACGAUGUGCCAGGAGACACCAGAUAUUCCAGUUCCACCUUUACCCGCUUCAGCCCACUCAUCAGAUCAAGCCAGGCUACAGUGGCGCAUUCAAAUGAUCUAAAAGCCGUAGAAGCAAAAACAGAACUACUUCAGGAUUUCAUUUCAACCAUGAAUGAGCUGUCAUCUGAAGGAGUAGUGGUUCAAGUAGAGCAAGGGGAAAUCAGGGUAUAUGGAUGCUUGCUCGCAUUUCUGGGUGAUAGUCUUGCAUGUCACAACAUUGCUGGCUUUAAGGAGUCUUUCUCACCAAAUGUUCGCCAUGCAUGUCGCCGCUGCAAUGCUCUCACAUGCAAUUUUCCUCACAUUUUCUUACAUGCUGAAUGUCCCCUGAGAACUGACACUGAGAUCGAAAGACACGUCCAGAAUUUGUUGACGACAGAAAAUGUAUCUGACCGCAAGGAGAUCUCAGCUUCUUGUGGUAUCAAGGGGCCCUCUGUUUUGGCUCGCAUCACACGCUUUUCAUUGACUGAGGACCUGCUCUUCGACCCUAUGCAUGUCCUGCUGGAAGGUGUUGUUCCAAAAGAAAUUUCUUUGUUUUUGCAUCACCAAAUCCAUGACCUUCGCAAUUUCAGUAGAAGGCAGCUGAACGAUUGUUUGAGCAACUUUCAGUUCAACUCAUUAGUCAGUUCCAGCGAUUAUCCACGUUUAUUUGAUGCUACACUGAAUUUGGUGUCAUCUGCAAGUGCGACUGCAGUUUUAAUGCUGCACCUGCCAUUGAUGUUAGACUCCAUUGUGUCUGUCAAGCAGUUAGGGUCGACAUUCAAAUGCUUGAUCAUGAUUUUUAAUAUCACUCAGCUGAUACUUUCGCCAGUACUCAGUGUUGAGGCAUUGGGUGACCUUGAGGCAACUAUCAUUGAGCACCAGAAGCUCUAUUUGAGUUGCUACGGGGAAAGAGCCUUUGUGGCAAAGUUGCAUAUGCUGCUGCACAUCGUCGAGCAAAUAAAGCAGCAUGGGCCUGGGCACCAUCACUGGACCGUGCGAUGUGAGGGCAAAAAUGCACUCCCCAAGUCAAAGAAACUUUUCAACUUUAAGAAUGUCCCAUUCUCAGUUUGCCACCUUCUGCAAUUGGUUCCAUCGGUUCCUCGUUGGAAUCUGUAG